AUGUCCGACAGCGACGAACGCGAGGUUCUCUAUGACCAAGACCCGGAUCUGGAGGAAGACUUCGGCGAGAAGGACUGGCCGUUUGCCGGCAAAGGUGACCUGGACGACGUCCCAGCCCCAACAGGAGCCGCCUGCACCAAGAUCAGCAACGUACUGGGCGGAGCAAGCGAGCACUUGGGAGACUUCUCCUUCGGGGGCCAAGCCGACCUGCUGCCGCCCGUUCCAAGCCUCUUUGUCAACGGCGUGGGGCCCGUGCCCGUGCCUCUGUGGGAGGAGCGGGCCCUGAAGCUCAUCGACAAGUGUGCCAAGUCCCCGUUCGGCCACAACAUGGACACCAAGUUGGAUGAGAGUGUCCGCAAGAGCUGGCAACUGGCACCGGACCAAAUGGCGGUGGCCAUCGCCGACCGACUCGGGUACAAGGGCAUCCCGCUGCAGUGCGUGCUGUUCAAGCUGCUGGUGUACGGGGAGGGCGGCCACUUCGUCAAGCACCAGGACACGGAGAAGGAGGACGGCAUGAUCGCCACGCUGGUGGUGCAGCCACCGAGUCUGCACGAAGGAGGGGAUCUGGUCGUGUACCGUGACGGCCGAGUGAAGCACCGGCAUGAUUUCGGUGCAGCGGACGGCACAGCCACGUACCUGACGCACUACGCGGUGCAUUAUGCUGACGCAGAGCACGCUGUGGAGAAGGUGACGAAGGGGUAUCGUCUUGCAUUGGUGUACUCAGUGUGCUUGCCGCCGACGAUGCUGCACCUGGAGCGGAACCCGAACAAACCCAUGAGCGCGGCGUUAGCGGACGCAAUCGAAACGAUGAAGCCGGGAGACGACUGCUUUGCGUUGCUGUUGUCGCACGAGUACACGCAAAAGAGUCUCCAGGGCUUGGGUGCCGGUGCGUUGAAAGGUGUGGAUCGCGCGAGGUUUCAGGCGCUGGAGGAGGCGAAUGCAUCAGUUUCUGCUGAGAAGAAGUUGGAGUUUCACGUCGUUGAGCUCCACCACGAGGUUGUUUUCUACAAUGCUAUGGGAACAUCGGUGAUUGGGCUGAGGAGAGUCGAGAGGAGAGUACUAAAUGGUACAGUAUUGACGGCAAGAGCCUUGGACCCGGCGACAACGUGGAAGUGA